CAUUGGUUCUUAGCGCACCGUGGAGAUCUAAAGAUGGCGUAACUAGUAAGAUUAUCGAAUUAUCAAUGUGGACUCCAAGGUUAAUCAUCAUUAACUUAAUAUAUUAUACAUAUUGGUCAAAGGAUAUUAUCAUUUUGAUUUCGGAUGGGGGUGAGGCUGGAGUACAAGCUUGGCUAGAGUCGUAUCAUGAUCAUAAACAAUCAGGUAUCGAGGCAUCUCCUUUAUUUUUACGGUCAGGAGCGAUACAAGCUGCCAUAAAUUUGGAUUUUCCAGGAACUAGUAAUUAUAAGGCAUUAGGAUUGUUUUUUGGCCUCAAUGGACAACUUCCUAAUUUAGAUUUGAUUAACACUGUCGUACGAGUGUGUCGUAUGUCAAGUAACAUUCCCAUAAUGCUUCGUGAUUCCGGACGCUGUUAUACACAUCAUGAUUUUGGUGAUUACCAGUCUUCUUUCUAUAAUCUAAUAACAUUUAUGAAAUAUCAGGCUCUAGGACAUCCAACUGGAA